CUCUCUCUCUCUCUCUCUCUCUCUCUCUCUCUCUCUCAGCCUGAGCCAGUGAGACGUAAGGACCUGGAGUUUGAGCCUCUCUCCACCACAGGCCUCAUUCUGGAGGACAGACCUGCGAACCUGCCGGCGAAGUCAGAGGAGGAAGCUCAGAGACACAGACAGCAGUACAGCGAGAUGAUGGCAGGAGCCAAGAGGAGAGAGCUGAAGGAGGCUCAGCGGAAAAAGAAGCAGAUGAAGGAGAGACACCGGCAGGAGGAGAGCAUCGCCCGAGCUGUGGUGGUGUGGAACACUGAGAUCCUGCCCAACUGGGAGAACAUGAGGAACACGCGGCGUGUGCGGGACCUGUGGUGGCAGGGCCUCCCACCCAGUAUCCGUGGCAAAAUCUGGAGCCUCGCCAUCGGAAACGAGCUCAACAUCACCCCCGAACUGUAUGAAAUCUUUCUGUCCCGAGCGAAAGAGAAGUGGCGCAGUUUCUCUGAGACAGGAUCACUGAGUGAGAGUGAAGACUGUGGUGUCGAUAAGGAGUCGAGUCUGGACCUGAUUAAACUGGACAUUUUCCGGACUUUCCCCUCGCUCUUUAUAUUCCAGAAGGGUGGGCCGUAUCACGAUGUUCUACAUAAUGUCCUGGGUGCAUACACCUGUUACAGACCUGAUGUAGGAUAUGUACAGGGAAUGUCCUUCAUAGCUGCUGUUCUUAUUCUGAACCUCGAGGAAGCCGACGCCUUUAUUGCCUUUGCAAACCUCCUCAACAAACCAUGUCAAAUGGCCUUCUUUAGGGUGGACCAUGACCUGAUGUUGAAGUAUUUUGCAGCGUUUGAGGUUUUCUUUGAGGAGAAUCUCCCUAAAUUAUUCCAGCACUUUCAGAGCAACAGUCUGACUCCAGAUUUUUACCUCAUAGACUGGAUCUUUACGUUGUACAGUAAGCCGUUGCCACUGGACGUGGCAUGUCGUGUGUGGGAUUUGUUUUGCCGUGACGGGGAGGAAGCUCUGUUCCGCACAGCCUUGGGAAUCCUGCGCCUUUAUCAGGACGUCCUGCUGCAGAUGGACUUCAUCCACAGUGCCCAGUUCCUGUCCCGCCUCCUGCAGAACACCCCAGCACACACACUCUUCACCUGCAUCGCUAACACACACAUGAUCAGCAACAACCGUCGCUGGAACCAGGUGUUUUCAGCUCUGAUGAAAGAUGGACCUAAAGAAGCUGAUAAAACAGGAAGUCCUGCGUUAAGAAGCUAACAGCUGACACCUAAUGAAGUAGCAGGUUCUGGGAAUGUUUAAACACACUGUCGUGUUCAGUAUUAACGAGACGGACUGCAGAGCUUCAGCAACUCGUGGAAGAUGUUGGGAAGAAAUUCAGCAGCAGAAGACAUUUCAUUUUGUGUGUGUGUGUGUGUGUGUGUGAGUGUGUGAGAGAGAGAGGUAUUACUGUAAAGUUAUCUAUGCCAAGUGCCAAAUGUUUGUGACUUUAAAGCAAAUAACACACACACACACACACACACACACACACACACACACACACACACACUUUAAAGAUUAGGUACAAGACUGAUUGUCAUGUCUGAUUGACAGCGUCUCUGAGUCUUGGGGGCGGAGCUUGUUGUAUAUAUGAUUAUAUGACAUCAUCUAUACACGUGUUACAUUUUAAAGACACAAUACUGGUGUAAGUCUAAAAGCUAAGCAGAUUGACGUGGACGCGAUCCAGCUAGCCUAGCUAAUAUUAACUGUCUGAUGCGAGCUAGUUAGCACGAGUAACUAAGUAACCGGUGUUGUGAUGCAAUAUGAUCAGGUUAUCUUAAGCUCCGCCCUCCAUGAAUCAGGAACUGUCUUUAAACAGCAGCAUAGGAAGGAGAUGGUGAAAACUUUACGCUAAACAUUACUUGAAGACAAGAGACACAAACGACACUUUAUUUCCACACAAUCUUGUACAUAGUGCUGUGUUGCCAAACCGCGCGCCUUUUUUUUAUUUGCUAGCUAUUAAUAUUAAAAUAAUUUGAACAAGAAACAACGUUAAACUUCAGCAACGACCAAACGUGUGAAAAUGUGUUUAAGCUAAUGUUUUUAUUUUGUCCGGCCGUGAUGGAUCGAGAUGUAACCAUAUAACAGCUAACAUCGAAUCUCACACACACACACACACACACACACACACACACACACACACACACACAAGCUUGCUCCUAAUGCAGUAGCAUUAUUGUGGCCUUUAGACCCAGAGCUGAUCUGUGAGGCCAAUACACACAAGUGCAAUUCGUAAGCUCAUACACACACACACACACACACACACACACCAGCCGUGUGAUACACACUAGUGCCAAACCUUAUUACUAACACACACACACACCAGCUGUGUGAUACACACUAGUGCCAAACCUUAUAUUACGAACACACACACACACACACUAAUGCCAAACCUUAUAUUACGAACACACACACACACACACUAAUGCCAAACCUUAUAUUACGAACACACACACACACCAGCUGUGUGAUACACACUAGUGCCAAACCUUAUAUUACGAACACACACACACACACACACCAGCUGUGUGAUACACACUAGUGCUAAACCUUAUAUUACGAACACACACACACACACACACCAGCUGUGUGAUACACACUAGUGCUAAACCUUAUAUUACGAACACACACACACCAGCUGUGUGAUACACACUAGUGCUAAACCUUAUAUUACUAACACACACACACACACACUCCUUUUGAAGCUCAUGUUUUUUUAUAACUUUUUUUAGAGAGAACAUUUGCACCUUGACUCUUGUUCCACGCUCAUAAAACUGUAAAGGUUCUUCAGUCGUCCUUCUGGAGAACCUUAAAUAUUUGUAGGCAGGUCCUGGAUGGUUGGUUUAGGGAUGGAACGUUCCACACUUCUGUAAGUUUACUCUGUUUCUUUGUAGAACUUUACAUCAUCUCCGGUCAUCCACAGAACCCUUAAAAUCAAUGAAGAACCCCUUGUUCAUUUUUUAACAUCUAGAACCUGAACUUCUUGGUACUUGGAGCACUCUAAGGGUUUUUGGCUUGCAGAGAUUGGAUCUUCUCUGAUGGGAAAAACAGGACGUUCUGUUCAAGGGUUCUGUUUAAAACACCAGAUAAUCACCGUGCUGUAGGGAUUCACGGAAGUUCAGAGUAGAUCCCUUUAGAUCUCUAACGACGUCUUUAUUUCUGAGGUCUUAGUUUCCUGAGAGUUCCACUUGGUGGAGAACGGAUCGGUCGUAGGGUUCUAGGAUUGUUUCGUUGGAUAAUUAGGAGUUCUCGACUUCCUGGAAUGGUUCUAUUUUCUGAUCCCUUCUCAGUUGGAGGCUUCUGUUAGGGUUCUUAACUCCACUUAGGAUCCGUGCUGUUGGAUCAUUCCAUGGUUCUACCUUUCUGAUACGGUUCCCUGUGGAACGUUCUCGCAGGAAACACUCGCACGGUUCGGUGUUAUUUAAGGGCUCACGAUCGGAUAAGCGACUUGUUAGCUUCCAGCUAACGGUUCUACUUUCUAAUGAACACUCGUUUUUCUGCAUCUUUAUCAUGAACAUUUUCCUGGCUUCCUGAAAGGGUUCUACUAGAGAACCGAGUGUAACAGAGGAACCUAUCGAAGCCCCGCCCUCUUUUCAGAAAAGAAAGCUUUUUGUUUGAACGAACCGUAGCGUUUUUUUCUCAACCACGUGAGUUUUUUUAUUUAUUUAUUUUUGACUCACCGCUAAAUGCCUUUUUUUUUGGUUCUUUCAUCUGUAGUGUAAGACACAUGAGCACAGAGAGCCAAUCAGAAUACAGCCUGGACGAUCCCAAAUCUCGUGUCCAGAAAAGCGUACAGAAACUCAUCAGACGUGCCGUAUCCGGUGGGCGGAGCCUCAGACACCGAGACACGCUCGCUAGCGUAAAGGUUUUUACUAGCUAGCUAAUUAGCUGUAUGUUGUACUUUAUUACGUUAACUUUCUGAUCCUACAUUUGUGACAGUGAUGACAUCAUCAGGAGGUUGAGAUCAGCCAAUCACAGACUGACGUGAGACUACAAUAAUAAUAAUAAUAAUGUGAGGUCUCUCUGGACUUUUAUGUGAUGCUGAGUUUUCACACCCCCCCCCCCCCCAUCAUGUUCCUUCUAAGAGGAAGAAUCCAGAAGCUGCUGACUGCUUUUUAAAAUGCACUUCCUGUUUGUCGUGUUUCUAAAAAUUUUAACGCAUCUUUGACGGUCUGACGGACGUUUUAUACCAGAUUGUUUUUCGUAGCCCACCGACUUUGAUCCACGACCUUUCGGAGUCCCUUAACACACUAACCGCUUCAACACGUCGUCCGAACGACGAUCGCUGACGUCACUGACUCGCUUUUUAUUUCCUUUUUAAAUCUGAACUCAUUAUUGUACAGGUUUUUUACAUACUGUCAGUGUUGUACAAACAACGUGCACCGAUUUCUGUAGAUUAGAAAUGUAAAUAGAAGUGAAUAACGUUCUCGGCUCGGGGGCUGUGGGGUCUCUCUGGCUAGUGUUUAAUUUACAGAUUCAUGAACAUCGAGUUGGGGAAAAAAUGAAUUUGAAGUUCUGUCGUUAUUUUGAGUUGUUAAUAAAACAUUAGGACAUAAAA